GGAUUAGUCUAUAAAUAGCCAGGGGAGCCGUAUUAAAUUCACAUAGAGCCACAUCUAAUUCUUACCUGCAUGAUAAUUACAGGAAAAUAAAUCAACAUUUCUAUCCCUUACCCCCGUGAGCACUUCAGGAGUUUACUAAAUACGGCCUUUCAUGUCAAACUUAAGUUCUUCAUUGUUGUCCAGAUCCUUGAUUGUGUACCACACACACAUAAUAGAGUGUGUUGUGUCACCUUCACGGUCGAAAAAGUGGUCUUCAUCCUCCUCUGCAGAGCUUAUGAGUUAGAGUUCAAGGGGAGUAGAAUGAACAAUUUAAGACAUACUUUAUAAUUAGGCAAGUAAAUGAGAUGAAGGAAAAUGUUAGAUUUUAGUGUCUACCUUCAAAUCCUGUCAUUUAUUAACAAACGUCCACAGAAAAGUGCUCACAACUAUCCCCAUCAACAGCAGAGGAAACCCCGUCUCUGAGAUACUUUGUUUCCACAAAACAGCCUAAAAUGGGUCGAUGCAAAGUUGCUGAGUGUUUUUCCUUCCCCGUGCAUCCAAAGGUCUCCUUUAUAAACCCAUUGACUCACAUAGCCUACACGCCGAGGCGUAGGCUAUCUGUCAUUUUGUGCCAGUGGUCACAUGGCUCUGGCCCUCAGGAAUGGAUAGAGAUGGAUCCCCACGUCAGCUUGUACGUCUAAGGAUUUCUGCUCCACUAGUCUGCCUCAAAGUGACUGGAGCGCAGCGCCGCGGAGGAACUAUGCGAGGAUUAUUAUAAGACGUUUGCAGCGGCAGAAUAUGGAUUUUGAUGAUCGGAUCCCUGGCUCUAAUAUGUAUUUACCGAGCUGCACUUACUAUGUGUCCGGAGCGGACUUCUCGGGUCUCCCUCAUUAUUUAACCCAAAGCCAGUCGUCUUGCCCCAUGUCCUACUCCUACCAGACCUCAGCUCUGCCGCAGGUCCCGUCCGUGAGAGAUGUGGCGUUCAGGGACUAUGGCAUUGAGACUUCCAAUAAAUGGCACCACGGCAGGGGGAGCCUGUCCCACUGCUACACUGAGGACAUCGUGCACAGGGACGGCUGGACAGGCUCGUCCUCGAGGGGGGGCGAGAUCCUGGCGAAAGGCGGCUCCGGCGCCGGCCACUCCGGCUCCUCCAACGCGGCGCCCGGCUUCUACGGCAGCAUCGGCCGGAACGGCGUCCUGCCGCAGGCGUUCGACCAGUUCUUCGACUCUGCCUACGGCGGCGCGGAGGGCGGCGCGGCGCCGACGCCGACGGCGCAGGCGGCGGACGCGGACAGGCGCGCCGUCAAAACGAGCCCCGCUCCGGCUCACGCGGGCUCGGACUCGGCGGAGAGCUGCAGCCCCAAGUCGUCCCCCGGCCACAGCGAGGAGAAGCCGAGCAAAGGCGGCGGUGGCCAGAGGACGCGUAAAAAGAGAUGCCCGUAUUCAAAGUAUCAGAUCAGGGAACUAGAGAGGGAGUUCUUCUUCAGCGUUUACAUAAACAAAGAGAAGCGCCUGCAGCUCUCACGGAUGCUCAAUCUGACAGAUCGCCAGGUCAAAAUCUGGUUUCAGAACAGGAGGAUGAAGGAGAAGAAACUGAACAGAGACCGUUUACAGUACUACACCACAAACCCCUUGCUAUAAAAACUGAACAAAGACUGCCGUGCGCUCUGUCACACAGCACAUCAGUACCAGCACAGGACGAUGCUUUCUGUUCUUCUUUUCUUGUGCCAAAGUAUCCUAUUAUUUAUAUGCCAUAUGUCCUUAAAACUACGAUUUAUUAUUAUUAUUAUUAUUAUUAUUAUUAUUAUUAUUAUUAUUAUUAUUAUUAUUAUUAUUAUUAUUAUUAU